ACUUCCGUUUCCGCCAGUGCCGGAAGUGCUGCCGCUCUCGCCGCCAUGGCCUCAAGGUUACUGCGGGUGAGCGCAGCCCUGCGGCUCCUGCCCGCGGCGUCUGCCCGCGCCGUGCCCGCCCGCCAGCUCGGCGUGCCCGGGAACCUGGCCAGCGAUGAGGAGCAGGCGACCGGGUUGGAGCGGAAGGUGAUGAAUGCCAUGAACAAGGGUCUGGACCCGUACAGCAUGUUCCGGCCCAAGCGCUACGCGGGCACCAAGGAGGACCCGAACCUCGUCCCUUCCAUCACCAACAAGCGCAUCGUGGGCUGCGUCUGUGAGGAGGACAACAGCUGCGUGGUUUGGUUCUGGCUGCACAAGGGCGAGGCCCAGCGCUGCCCCUCCUGCGGUGCCCACUACAAACUGAUCCCCCACGAGCUGCCCCACUGAGGGCCCACGGAGGGGCUCGGCUGCCCCACUCCACCCUCACCUCCCCGGGACCCCCGGGGCCCUGUUGAACCCCCCUGAACCACCCCGAAAAAGAGGUUGUGUGGAGA